GUUCUUCGUAUUUCAGACCACCACAUACCGAACAUCAGCGCGAACGUCCAGAUGGCCAACAGAAGAGGAGCGUCGAAACGCCCCGCAAGCUCAGAGGAGGUCGACUACUGGUCGCACGCUGCAACCUCAUUGUCAAGGCUGUCCGCAUUACUUUCUAGUCCAGAGACAAAUGACGCUAUAGGACGAGUCAAUAGACUUUUGUCUGCAUGGCCCACAGACGAUACUAUACCUGCAGAAGGCUUCGAUAGCCUUAGGAGCAUCUACAAAAAGCUCACCAUGGGACUAAACGAAAUCAGAACGACUGCCGAACGAGAUGCUAAGGCGGCUGACGAGGCCAUCGAACAUCUUGAUAUUCUCAUGGCACUACGCAGGGCCUCUGAGGAUCAACCCCCUCCAGAGAAACGACAGAAACGGCCACGAGGUUCUUCGCCGCCAACUAUAAUCACACCUCCCACUCCUAUCGUCCAUCCGGUGUCUCGAGGGGUGUCUAUCACCCUUCCACCUCGCACCUCAGUUGGUCCAUCACAAGUACCAUUUUCUCGUGAUCCAAAAGCCCGCAGAGAAGCUCUUGCACGGCAAUUACCCCUAAGAGAAAAACGUAAGGUCGCCUUUCACCCACCGAAAGCUGGGGACAGCAGUUCCAGCGGCAAGGACGCCGAGGAGUGGAUUCUAGCGGUCGUUAACCGCUGCAUCAAUCAAGACAAAAAUCGUUACGAAGUCCAAGAUCCUGAACCUCAAGAAGACGGUUCACCAGGACAAUGUUAUAAUACAACUCUGAGGGCUAUUAUCCCUCUUCCAGAUCCGGAUGCUCCGCCGGACAGUCCGGCGCAUCUCAAUGCAUAUCCUGAAUUCCCUGCAGGUUCGACAGUGAUGGCCCUCUAUCCAGAUACUAGCUGUUUCUACCGCGCUGAGGUGAUUGCAAGUCCGAGAGACCUGCAAGCGAGCCGCAGUGCAUCGGUGAGGCAAGGGCCAACAUACAAGCUGAAAUUUGAAGAUGAUGACGACCAAGUACAUACGGUAUCUGCCCAAUGGGUGGUGGAGUGGCCAGGGGCGACAUAGGAGUUACACUACCAUUUAGUACUUAUUCUCCACUUAUGUCCUCGGAUCAUGAUGUCGCUUGCGGACUCAGUUGUUCUGAAGUUUGGGUGUUCUGAAGUUUGGGCUCACGACUGCUGAUGAUUUGCAAUCUAGGGAAAUACGAUCACAACAUCAUGCAUCAGGAUGUGGUGUAAUUGUUUACAUUGCUGUCUCAUUGCACCAUUUGGGCGCGAGGUUCGAAACCUCGUAUACGAGAGUAUACUAGUCUCCCACAGGCAGUGUAGACAGAGGUUCAACCUCCGUACCUCAGGAUAUCUCCUUUCGAGAGAGGGAAAGGUUUUUUCUUACGAGCAUGUACAUAGUUGUGUACUGGGCCACUAUUAGGUCCCCCCGUUAUUGUCAUUCUCUUGGAAACCUACUC